GCCGCGCCCCGCCCCUUCACGGCGGCGCCAAGAUGGCGGGCGGCGCGGGGCCGGAGACGGGCACGGAGCUGGAGCGGGUGGUAGAGGCGCUGGAGCUGCUGCUGCGGCCGCCCGCCGGGCCCGGUGAGCGGGAUGCUGUGGCCGGGCCUGGCCCCGAGCUGCGUCCGGAGACGCUGCGCAGCAACGCGGCGGCGCUGGCGGAGAGGCUGCGGCUGGAGCCGGGCUGGGCGGCGCUGCGCGGCCUGCGCGAUGCUGUGCUGGCCCGGAGCCCCGCGCUGGCCGCCGGGACGGCGGCGGAGGCCGAGCCGGGCUGGGCCGUCGCCUGCGGGCUGCUGGCGCUGCUGCUGUGUCUCAGGGAGCGGUUGGCCGCGCUCGCCGCCGUCCCCGCCGUCCGCGGGCCCGGACCCGGGGCCGCUCCGCCGCCCAGCGCCGACACGCUGAGCGUGGCGCAGGGCCGGUCGGUGGCGCGGGCGCUGCGGGCCGCCGUGGGCCUGGGCCUGCUGCCCUACCUGCCACCGGGUGUGGGGCAGCGCCCGGGCCCCCCCGCGUCCCCCUCGGUACUGCCGGCCAUCUGCGGGGCCCGGCUCCUCACCGCCACCACCGCCUUGACCGAGGUGGCCCGGCACCCCGCGCUGGGCAGCCCGCUCCUCGCCCGCCAUCUCGGCCUCCUCCUCGCCAGCCUCUGCCUGCUGGGCCAUGGCCCCACCGCCCACAGCCAGGGUGUUCCAGAAGCGGAGCGAGCAUGGUGCCGGGAGGCCCUGCGGGACAUCCUGGACCGUGUCUACCAGCCACUGGCGGUGCGGGAGCUGCUGGUCCUGCAGGGCCGGCCCAAGCAGAGUCCCCUCUCUCCUGGGGAAGAAACAAAGCCGACCCUUGUGCGGGCUCCAGCGUGGCUGCGACGCCUUUGUGGUCAGCUGCUCUCUGAGAGGCUAAUGAGACCCAGCGGGGUUCAGUCUGUGGUUCGGGGCAUCAUGGAAGGAACAGGCGCAGGUGGCGCUGGUGCUGAAGCAGCAGCUGUGGACUGGAGAAAAUGUGACAUGGUUGCAAAGAUCCUGGCUUCCUGCCCACAGCAGUGCCUUUCCCUCGAGGACUACUACAGACUGGUAUGCCCCCAGAUUCUGGACUUGCUGCACAUCCAGGACAAGCUGACAGCACGCCAGUUCCAGCGAGUGGCCACCACGACGCUGCUCACCAUGGUGAAAGAGCACCCUCAGCUGGCACAGAAGUACCUGCUCCAGCCCUUGUUGGCACCGCUCCUGCGAUGCUCUGAGACAGCAGAGCUAGCAGUGGAAGAUUUGUCAGCAGGGAGCGUGCUGGUGACAGAGGCAGAACUCAGCAGCUGUGUGGAAGAUGUGCUCAAGGUGUAUGUGGUUGGAAAUGACAGCUCGAGCCUGCUGCUGCAAUCCUUACAAUCAGUCCUGGGAGUGGUUUUUUCCCUCUAUUCCUUUGCCAAGCAGAAUGUGUCAUACUUACGCUCCCCAUGCCAGGAGAUCCUGCUGUGGUUCCUAGAGAAGUCGGAGCGAGAUGUGUCGCUGUCUGUGCUGGAAGGCUUUGCAGGGCUGAACAGCAGUGUGCACGUCCUCCACCCACGGUGCCGGUUCUGUGCGGGCAGUGAGGGUGGUGCCACCAUUGCAGUGGAAGAGACCGUCAGCGAUGAAGAUGAGGCCCUCUACCAGAAGAUUUCCUCCGAGCAGCGCCAUGUGGAGGACUUGGUGGAGCUCUUGUCUCACUGCCAGAAGAGUGGUCUAGCUGGAGACUUCUUCAUCUGCUGUCUGAAGGCGCUGACUCACGUGGCUGCAGAGGACGAGGUGACUUCGAACUCGGAUGUGGAACCUGGAAGGAGUCUCCUGGAGCUGGAGCAGUACCAUGCCAGGCAGAGGAGGAAGCUACAGGUCCUGCAGCUGGUGGCCACACUGUGUGAGAGCGUCUCAGACACCGUGUUCACAGAUGUUGCUCAGGUGGAGGCGUUCGUGGCAGCCACGCUGCAGCGAGCCUGCGUCAGCUCGGCACGGGGCCCCGGCGCCGCGGCGGAGGCGCAGACCCUCGCCAUGGCCAUGGGGCUUGUGGCCGCCAUGCUGGGCGGAGCCGUCCAGCUGCAAUCCAGUGACUUUGCAGUGCUGAAGCGGCUGGUGCCGUUGCUGGAGGAGCUCUCCCGCACCUACCCCGAUCCCCUCACCCAGGAGCUGGCCGCGGACCUGCGCAUCGCCAUCUGCACCCACGGCGCCUUCUCGCCUGCGACAGUGGGUGCCGCUGCUGACGGCGUGCUGGGGAAGAAGCCAGGGAUGGGAAUGCAGAGCCCUGCUGGCAUCCCUGGCAGACCCCCAGGCCCAGGGAGUGGCCCGACGCUGCCACAGCACAGCCGCAGCAGCCCCUCAGCUCCCAGGGAGAGGAGCGAAGAGCAGAGCAUGUGCCAUGAGCCUGGUGCUGUGGGUCCCGCUCCAGCCCCCUGUGCCGACAGCCCGGCUCCGGCCGGACUCCAGGAGAUCCUGGUAUCGGCAUACGACCCCCAGCCCCCAGGGCGGGCAGCUGCCCUGCGCCACCUCGCCAGCCUGAUCACACAGCGGGAUCCCGAAGCGCUUCAGCUUCAGGAGAAACUCCUGCAGGUGUUCCUGGAGAAUUUGCAGCACGAGGAUGCCUUCGUCUACCUCUCAGCCAUCCAAGGCAGGUGCCUCCACACCCAGGAUGACACGGGCAUCUGGAGCAAUGGCCGCAACGGCAGGUCACGGUACACCGGGUUGCGUGGAAGGGAGGUGCCAUUGCCAUGGCCCAAAGCGAUACUGGUGCUGCCAGGACCCCGGCUGCCGUUGGGCGUUGCCCUGCUCUCCAGCGAGUACCCGGAACGGAUCCUGCCUGUCCUGCUGGCACGGUACAGGUGCCCGGCGCAGGGCACGGAGGACACCAUGGCUGCCAUCACCAGGAUGAAGCUGGGCGAGGUGCUGAUGCGCGUCAUCCAGGCGCUGGCAGAGGCCAGGCCAGUGGGAGCGUGCAGCCAGAGCUCUCCACGGCGGGGGAAGGCAGCAGCCGACGUCCCUGCUGCCGGGGCAGCUGCGCGAGGGUCCCUGGUCACCGGCUGGGUGCUUUGUUCCCCAGCCAGCCGUGGCAGGGCAGACCUCCUCCUGCAGAGCCCAGGCCACCCAGGACUGGGGCUCCCCUGGGGCCUGUGCCACAUGCUGGCUACCCAGCUUGCUGGAGCUCUCCUCCGGGGCACGGCUACCACCGUAACAUCCCCUGGGCAUGGUGGCACCCCUGAGCUCGACUGGCAUCCCACCGAGGCCAGUGCUCCGUGGGCCAGGUUGUGCCACUCUGCUGCUGGGAUGGGGACAGGGCAUCCUACGGGCCAGCAAUCCCAUCAUCUCCCCGUGAGCUCCAGCAAGUGGUGUGAGCAGUGGCAGAGCCUUUUGGUCUCUGAAGGCCCCUGGGUGAUGUCCGUGCGUCCAGCCCUUGCCUUGCUUGGCGCUGCAGCUGCACCACGCUGGGGUUCCCUCGGCAGCUGCCCGCGGCACGGCUGGCAGUGGGACGGUGGGCACGGCCUCCGCUGCAGCUCUCCCCGCUCCCCGUGGUGCCUCUGCCGCAGGCAGCAACUCUGGCACGUCCCAGCUCGCCUGCAUAUUUAUAGAAUAAAUCGCAUGAAGUUGUUUUUGUUGCAAAGCUUCAGGAUUUAAGAGCAAGGAUUUAUCCAGCACUUCCAGAAAUGCUUUGCUCUGUGCAGCAGUGCUGCUGUGGUUCAGAGCUCUCCUGCUGCCUGGGGACCACCAUGCCUCCCACCUGCCCCAUCCCUGCAUGCCAUCCCACUGGAGUGGCUUUUUCCUAUCCAGGAGGGGAUUUUGCAGCAGGCACCUGUCACCCGGCAAACGGCCGGUGUGGGCAGCGUGGCUGGAAGUGCACAGCAGCCCCGUCCCAGAUGUGUGGCAGCCCCAUCCUGAGCACGCAGUGCCAUUCCUCUGCAUCCAGCAACGCAGGGCCAGGCACCGCACGAGGGUUCAUGGAGACCUUCCACCGACCCGAUUAGCUUUCGCUGCAAACCCAUUAAAUCUGCUCUGGGUGCACCACGGCAGACCUCUUCCCUUCUUCAUCAGGGAGCAUGUGCCUUGCUUGCUGCAGAAGGGGAAACGCUUCAUGUUCUUUCUGUGACCGUCUGGCACAGGGCUGGUGUGCUGUUGGCUUUAGAGGAGAUGCAUCAUGCUCAGACCAUCCAGCACUGCUCAGGCUGCCAUACUGACUCCUGGGGUGCAAGCAUGGAGCAGGCUGUGUUCCCAAGCGGUGUGGCCGUCCUUGGCUUCACCACACUGCCCUGAGCUCUCCCACCCAGUGCCAUGCAGGAGCCGUGCCUGCCCUUCUGAGUGCACCAUCCUUUAGUAGCAGGGAGGGCCACGUAGGAAGAGUGAAGCUACAACAGGGUGGUCCUACAGAAGGACGUGGCUGCCUGCUGCCUCUCCUGCUCCUACCCAGCUUUGGCCAUCACAUGCAGUGUGUCCCCUCCUGGCACACAGCCGGUGCUGCCAGGCUGUUGGCAUGCUAGUGGUGCAGGGGCCAGUCCCCAGCCCCUCGCCGCAGUGGGUGAUGGGGUCCCUCCACUGCCCCCACAACUUAUUCCUGCCCUGCAUCCCACCUCAGAGCUUCCAGAACUUGGGAGAACCAGGAAACCACCGAGCUCACGGGCUGGCAAGCCUGCCAGAGCUUCCUUUCCUCCAUUACUGCCAGGCGAGUGCCGCCCCACACUCUCUCGCCGGAGCAGCGCCUGCUCGGUGGGAGCUGUGCCUGUGCCGUGGGGUGCAUGGCCACCAGCCAUCCAGCUUGCACGGGAGGACCCUGCGCCGGGGUGACUGUGCAUGCUGGUCACGGGCUCUGCUAAUUAGGCGGCUCACACAUCUGCGGCACCGCCAUGUGCUAAUUGGCAUGGGGGGUUGUGCGGCUGAAUUAUGUGAGAAUUUGGGCUUCACACUUCGUUUCUGUGUGCUGUAUCUGUGGGCACCUCUGAACGGCCCCCUGGGAGCUGGGGAGAUGUGGGGUGUUCUGGACAGCCCCAGACAAAGCUCUUUGCUGUGGGGUGUGUGCCGUUGGGGUUUCCUGGCGCCCCGGGGGACUGUGCCGUGGUGUUCUCAUCUCUGGCACCAUGGCGGGUCCCUGCCGUGGCUCUGUCUGCCUUGCUCAGAGCUGCGCCUGGGUCCCUGUGCUGGGCACAAGCUGUGCUCCAGAUAUUGCACCCAGCUGUUGCACAGUGCUGCAAGGGGGGGGACCCAAUCCAGCUGCUCCUGAUGGAGCCGGGGCUUUGGCAGGAAGGGGCUGGGAAUUUUUCCUUGCCUGUGACAUGCCACUCU